UUAAUUUUUGUUUUGUUGUUCGUUGUGGUUGAAGGGUUUCGGGAUUAUUGAAAGGAAGUUCGUGCGGUUUUCCAAAGGGUGCUUUAAAGUGGUACUUAUUGUGCUUGUGGUGCCAGGCAGGGAGGAUUUAUAUUGCAUAUUUAUUAGCCAACCGCUGAAAACCCCGCCUACCAUGCCCGCACAUCCGACCCGUUGACUUCGCCUCCGCCCCAAGGAACCACACCCCCAUGGCUCGACCACGCCUUUUCGAUGCCACGCCCAUAAUUCUGCUGCUCUGUUCCGUUGAUUGGACGCGCGCGCAGGCCGACGCCGCUACGACGUCGGACGGCUGCUAUGGCGGCGGCAGCGUCGCGGCGGCCGUCGUGGUCACGUGCCUGCUGACGGCGCUGGUGCUGGGAGUGUGCGCGGUUUGGUGGAGGAGAUACAGGGCGAAGCAAGUUCCAGAUCACCUGAUAUUGGAAACAGACCCAGAAAAAGGCAAAGGAGUCUAUGCUUUCGAUAAUCCAGGAUUCAAAGAUGCUAGCUACUUGGCUGCCGCCAAGCAGCAUCUGGACGCUGACAAAUCCGAUUUGACGAAAUCGAAAUGGCAGUGGACACCUUUGUCAGCUUUCGCUGUCAAAUCGGAACGAAGAAGAGCUCUCGAUGACUCUGCAAUCGAGGGAAACGCGGUGAAAGUGAUAUCCCUGAAAAGCCACGACUUCACCGGUUUAGGUUUCAAUAUUUGCGGAAACAUGAAAGAAGGGAUAUUCGUUAAAGAUGUCCUACAAAGAGGACCAGCCUCCGAGUCCGGCAAACUCAAUUCAGGUGACAGAAUACACAGCGUGACGAUCAAUUUCGAGCACAUCGUGUAUGAAGACGCGUUGACCAUUCUGGGCUAUGCCAGCCCCUACGAAGUGACGAUAGAGGCGACUAGCGGGAAAUCGGCACUGAAUUCACCCGACCAGGGUGGCCAACCCAGUCACCCUGUGUACAGGAGUUCAUCGUGGAGCGAUUUGUAUAGGGUUGGAAAAUCAUCGAAACGGAAGCUCUUCGGCGAUGACGUCAACGAACCCAACUCGACCCAUUCCAGCAUGCAAAAAUCGCGCAGCAACAUGACAACGCUGGAACGCAAAGAAUCUAAAUCGCCCAAACCCAAACAACCGCGCACCAAAAAACCUUCCGCCUUAAACUUCAGUCCAGACAAAAUACAAACACAACUGGAACAAAAAAUUGUCUCGGAUUCCCAAAGCGAUCCAGAGUUGAUACAUAAAAUCGAGAACAAACAUCAGAAAUUCGGAGUUAGGGUGCUACCAAUGGAAAUCCAGCAGAAGAGCCCCAAAAUCCUGGAACAGAACGAAAACAACAUCAACAUCGAAAAAAACCAGCUCAACGCGCCUAUAUUGAGCAUCGACGAGGUGGACGACCCAAAAAAACCACCCCCGGUGAGACGGCGCGAGAAGAAACAAUCGGGGGAAACCCCGGAGAAAGCAGACAACUUUGACAGAAAUAGCCUCAACGGUUCUGGCAUCAAGAGAACCAAGGAAGGUAUACCUCUGGAGCUCCCAGCACACAUGCUCAACGCCGCCUCAGCCGCUUUAAGAAACCGCGAAGACGACUCCAAAAACAAGAGAAAGGGCAGAGCACCCGCAGUACCCGAAGAAACCCGAAACACCCCGACACCUUCGAAAGAAUACAAUUCGGACUCAGACGCCGAAGAAAAUCACUCAUCAGUGAACACCAUAGAGCUGAACGCCACAGAAAUCACCAUCCACCAGAUUGAGGACGAACAAUUACAAAACAGAAAAACCCUCAGCGCCGGCGAUCUCUCGCAGAUACGCCGCCAGAAUUCCCCGAUCGGAACCCUAGAGAGGGCUCAAAGCCUCGACAUCCCCGACUCAGAAGAAGUGCUCCACAAAGAGCCUAGGCUCUCUCUGAUCCUCGACGGUCUCAGCACUUUCGAGCGCAACAGGCUGAAGAAAUCCUCAGAGUGGGGGCAGCUCGAAGACGCCAUUUUGAAAUCGAAAGAAGAAGAUCCGGACGAGGAGUUCGAUGCCGUCAUCAAUAAAGUUAACGAAUUGAGAAGGGAGAGCCGAAUGGAAGAGCCGAAGAUCAAAAAUCAGAUAUGGCCCAGCUUCGAUGGACAUUUGAACGGUUCUAUGGCACAGCGAGCUGAGAAACCGGUCUCAGAUGACGGUUUCGUGAGGAGAGAGCGAGCGGUUGCCGAAAAAACCGUUACAAAGCCGUUACCGCCGCCAGUUCGUAAAACUGUGAACAACAGGAUCGACGAACCGUUCGAAGCUGCAAGAAGCAAUACCAAGGCUGUUGCUUCUUUGGAAGCCGUUAACACGGAUCAAGUGAAGCUGCCAAGAACCGGUUAUUCCGGUCAGUUACCCGAGUUCUCGAGAGUUGAGGAUGAAACAGCUCCGAACAAUCUAGAUACUGUUGAUUUCGGACCACAUAGAAGUGUUCAAGAUAAUGCCGCGGGAGGUGAUAACUACUUCGCCGAAAACGCUCCAACCGAUAAAGAAACUGAUAACAUAGUGCCAAACAAAAGUAGCCUAGAGCAAACUGUAGCCGAGCUUGAAACAGCUUCGAAAGUCCCCGAAACGAUCAAUUUAGUGCCUCAUAGAAAUGAACAAACGAAUCCAAUAGAAAGUCAUGACUUUAUCAAAUCUAACAUACCUGAAUCUCAAGCAGUUGGAAUAUUAACAGCUUCAAAAGACCCAGACACAAUUGAUGCAGUGCCUUAUAAAAAUUAUCAAGAGAUGACAAUAAAAAAUAAUGACUUCGUGAGGUCUUACACUUCUAUAGAAUUUCCAGCAGCUAAAAGUAGAACAGCUUUAAACGAGACCGAAACUGUCAAUAUAGUGCCACACAGUUUUCAAGUGAAAAAGUCAGCUGAGCAUAAAACAGCUGCAAAAGACUCCGAAAGUGUUGAUGUACUACCUAAUUCAAUAGAAAAUUAUUUCACAUCUGAAUCUCAAGUAGUUGGAAAUGAAACAGCAUUGAAUAACUCAGGAACUGUUAAUCUAGUGCCUCACCUCACUCCACUUGAAUUUCCAGCAAAUGAAAAUAAAAUAGCUUCAAAAGAGACAGAAACUGUAAAAAUAGUCCCACAUGGAAGUAGUUAUGGAAACACUAUAGCCGGGUAUGAAACAGCUUCGAAAGACUCUGAAACUAUUAAUGUAGUGUCUCAUAGAAAUAACCAAGAAACAGCAAUGAAAUAUAAUGACUCCAUCACCGCACCUGAAUCUCAAGUAGUUGGGAUUUCAACAGUUUCUGAAGUCUUUGAACCUAUCAACGAAGUGCAGUAUAGAAAUGGUCGUGAGGAGUCAAAAGAAUUUUCAACAGCCGAAAAUAACACUUCAAAUGAGACAAAAAUCGUCAAUAUAGUGCCACAUAGAAUAAACCAAGAGAGAACUGCGGUAACCAAUGACGUAGCAAAGUUUUCCACGUCUUUGGAAGUCUCAUUGGACGAUGAUGAAUCAGCUUCGAACGGCUUGGACUCUGUUCACGUAGUGCCACAGGAAAGCAGGCAAAUGAAGCCUUUUGCAAUGUCUAACACACCCGACUCACCUUCAGUUGAAGUUGAGAAAACUCCAAGUGACGUUGAAAAUUGGAACGCUAAGUCUUACACAUCUAUCGAAUUUCCGCUGUCAGAGGAUACAAAAGCCUCGAAUAAUACAGCUGGAUUUGGAAUUCACCGAGAAAAUUCGCCCGUAAAGGAUAAAACAGCUUCGAACGAUCAUGAAGCUUCGUACGGAAGUACUCCAAUUGAAAGUGUAAGAACCAAGUCUUACACAUCGUUCGAAAUACCGAUGAACGAGGAUAGAAAACCAUCGAAUCGCUUAGAAACAGUUGCCGUAAUACCUGAUAGAACCAAUCGCAGACAACGGCAGCCAGAGGACGUUGAACCGAACCAACGGGAACCGGCUAAACCCGGCGAAGUUCUAUCGAAAAUCCCGCUCCUGAACUCCAUGGUGGCCAAUCAGAAGAGAGAGUCCCGCGCUGGCAACGUCUCGGACGAGACCAAAACCGCAGCGACGCUGAACACGGCAGGCCUCACGCACAACUUCCUCUACACGGAACAGCUCAACUCCUACUCAUACGGCAUCACCAACGUGCCAGAUGACGUCAAAGUGUCGUAUCUGGUGCCGGACGACGUCAAAUCCUUGACAAACGUCAACGUCACCAAGAUAUCGAACGGGGACAACGAGCUGCACAGCUUGGAGUUGAGCGUCAACGAGAACAGCGACUUGUACAGCACGGCUGUGGAGUCGACUUUGAGGUUAGGUAGUGCGGACGCGGAGAGGAGUUACGUGACGGAGAUACGAGUGACGCCGAACGGUUCGGGCGAAAGUGGCGCGGUACCUACUGGGCGGGGUUUCGCGGUUGCGGAUGGGAAAGUUGAGGGGGAAAAGGAGGAGAAAUCGGGAGAAGCGGCGGAAGAGAACGAGUUGGAGAAGAUCAAGGAGAUCGCGGAGCGGCAGUUGAAGAAGUUGCCCGAGAUGCGGUUCACCACUUCGAGCUAUGAGCCGUCCAGGAUCCCUGAGAAGCGACACUCGAACAUCGAGCAUCUCCGAUCGAACUUCGAGAAGCCGAAGCUGCAGCGGCAAGAGUCGAAGUCCAGGAUUCCGAUAGCGACGACGCACAAGACGCCGCCGACGUCGCCGGAGCGUCGCGAUUCGCGUCACCUUGACGCCGAGCAGGACGAGGCCAUUCUGGAGCUGAUGGCGGCGUCGGUCAGUUCGACGCCCGCCAAGUACCAGUUCCAGCCCAGACAGCCGCCCGCCAAGAACGUGACUGUCACGUCGAUCAGAAGCCCCGCCCCUUCCAAGCUGCCCUCUGGCCUGCCAACCCUCGGGGGCGGCCGGUCGCCCCCGCGCAAGACCGAGGGCAGCUCGGGCGGCAGUCGAGGUCCGAGUGAUGGCCCCGAGAGUCCCUUCAAGCGGUGGGUGUUCGACGCGUCGAACGUCACCAACGUCACUGUCACUGACGACAGGCGCGAAUAG